GAAUGUGUACAAAGAUCUCCGUCAGAUUGAGCUGGCCUGCGACUCCCAAGAAGACGUGGACAGCUGGAAAGCCUCCUUCCUCCGAGCGGGAGUUUACCCGGAGAAAGACCAAACUGAGAACGAGGACAGCGCCCAGGAGAACACCUUCUCCAUGGACCCUCAGCUGGAGCGCCAGGUGGAAACCAUCCGCAACCUUGUCGACUCCUACGUCAGCAUCAUCAACAAGUCCAUCCGGGACCUCAUGCCAAAGACGAUAAUGCACCUCAUGAUAAACAAUACCAAGGAUUUCAUCCACUCGGAGCUGUUGGCCUACCUGUACUCCUCCGCCGACCAGAACAGCCUGAUGGAGGAGUCGGCCGACCAGGCGCAGAGGAGGGACGACAUGCUGCGCAUGUACCACGCCCUGAAAGAGGCCUUGAACAUCAUCGGCGAU